UAGGGGACGAAGCGACGCCCAUGAAAAUAACAUCCCAUAAUCUGACAGAUUCUGUACGAUUCUACCCCGAAAGCGAAAAAGAUGCCAACCGGAAAGCUUGAAGUUCUUCUUGUUAGCUCAAAGGGUCUCGAGAACACUGAUUUUCUGGUUAACAUGGAUCCAUACGUUACUGUUACUUGCCGGACCCAGGAGCAGAGAAGCAGUGUUGCAUCAGGCCAAGGAUGUGAACCAGAAUGGAAUGAGACCUUUGUUUUCAGUAUUACUGGUGAUGUUUCAGAGAUCAAUUUGAAAAUAAUGGAUAAAGAUGCUGGUUCCAAUGAUGAUUUUGUUGGAGAAGCAACUAUUCCUUUAGAGCCUUUAUUCAUGGAAGGAAGUCUCCCUCCAACUGUGUACAAUGUUGUGAAGGAUCAGGAGUACCGUGGAGAGAUCAAAGUUGGCCUCAGUUUCACUCCUGAGAGAGACGGUGACCGAGAAUUCUAUGCUGAGUGAAUUUGUGGCCCAGGAAGAAUGUGGUGAAUUGUGUUUUGCCGAUAGAAGAGUGUUAUUUUCAAAUAGUGAUAUUGUGUUUUGCCGAUAGAAAUUCCAAAUUUAUAAUUGAUUGUGUUUUGUGAGUUUGUAACCUCGAGAUACUCUUCGAAUUGUUGGUUAAUAAUUGUUUUCUGUAUUUUAUCUUUUCAAAAAUAGUUCUUGCAAUA